GGCGCGGCGCGGAGCAGAGCGGCCGGCGGCGGGCCGCAGGGGGCGCGGGCUGGGGCCGGGGCCGGAGCAGAGCCGGAGCCGAGCCGGGGUCGGGCCCGGGGAGCCGGAGCCGGGUCUGGGCGGAGAGCAGCCAUGGCGCCGCGCAGGGCCGGGGCCCGCGCCGCUGCGGGCGGCCUGGGCGCCGAGUAGCCGGGCCGGGCCGGAGCGCGGGCGGCGGCGGCGGAGGAGGCAGCUGCGCCCGCGCCCCCCCGCCCUCCCAGGCCCCGCGCCCCGCGCCCGGGCCGCCGGCGAUGGUGACACAUGCGGCGGCGGCGCGCCGGCGGCAGGACCAUGGUUGAGCGCGCCAGCAAGUUCGUGCUGGUGGUGGCGGGCUCAGCGUGCUUCAUGCUCAUCCUGUACCAGUACGCGGGCCCGGGGCUGAGCCUGGGCGCGCCCGGCGGCCGCGCGCCGCCCGACGACCUGGACCUCUUCCCCACGCCCGACCCGCACUACGAGAAGAAGUACUACUUCCCGGUGCGCGAGCUGGAGCGCUCGCUGCGCUUCGACAUGAAGGGCGACGACGUGAUCGUCUUCCUGCAUAUCCAGAAGACCGGUGGCACCACCUUCGGCCGCCACCUCGUGCAGAACGUGCGCCUUGAGGUGCCCUGCGACUGCCGGCCCGGCCAGAAGAAGUGCACCUGCUACCGGCCCAACCGCCGCGAGACCUGGCUCUUCUCUCGCUUCUCUACGGGCUGGAGCUGCGGGCUGCACGCCGACUGGACCGAGCUCACCAACUGCGUGCCCGGCGUGCUGGACCGUCGCGACCCCGCCGCGCUGCGCACGCCCAGGAAGUUCUACUACAUCACCCUGCUGCGAGACCCCGUGUCCCGCUACCUGAGCGAGUGGCGGCACGUGCAGCGGGGGGCCACCUGGAAGACGUCGCUGCACAUGUGCGAUGGGCGCACGCCCACGCCCGAAGAGCUGCCACCCUGCUAUGAGGGCACGGACUGGUCGGGCUGCACGCUGCAGGAGUUCAUGGACUGCCCCUACAACCUGGCCAACAACCGCCAGGUGCGCAUGCUGGCCGACCUGAGCCUGGUGGGCUGCUACAACCUGUCCUUCAUCCCCGAGGGCAAGCGGGCCCAGCUGCUGCUGGAGAGUGCCAAGAAGAACCUGCGGGGCAUGGCCUUCUUCGGCCUGACGGAGUUCCAGCGCAAGACCCAGUACCUGUUCGAGCGGACGUUCAACCUCAAGUUCAUCCGGCCCUUCAUGCAGUACAACAGCACGCGGGCGGGCGGUGUGGAGGUGGACGAGGACACCAUCCGGCGCAUCGAGGAGCUUAAUGACCUGGACGUGCAGCUCUACGACUAUGCCAAGGACCUCUUCCAGCAGCGCUACCAGUACAAGCGGCAGCUGGAGCGCAGGGAGCAGCGCCUCAAGAGCCGGGAGGAGCGCCUGCUGCACCGCGCCAAGGAGGCGCUGCCGCGGGAGGACGCCGAGGAGCCGGGCCGCGUGCCCACUGAGGACUACAUGAGCCACAUCAUCGAGAAGUGGUAGUGGUGGCCGGUCGUGGGGGGUGGCCCCGCAGGGGGUGAGGUCAGACACACGGACUGACCCACCGGAACUCUGGUGGGAAGAGGGUCCCAGAUGCGCUCACCAGAAGGUAGAUGUGCUGAGUGAGGGUCAGGGAGUGGGGACAUGGCGGCCCGGCGGGGUCUGAGGAAUCCGCCAGUGCAAACCACCGCCCCCACCCCCUGGCCAGAGGAAAGCGUGCCUGAGGGAUGCCGCAGGCAGGCCUGCGCAGGCCAGGACUGUCCCUCCUCUCCUGGCCCCAGCUGACGCACAGCGGCCAGCCGAAGGUCUAAAAACAAGAAACAGACAGCAGAGAGUGCAGAUCGUUCUUGGGCCAGGAGCGCGUCCCACACCCACUGUGCACACCUGCUGGCUCUCUGCCCUGCAGGCCAGCAGGGGCCCAACACCAGCUCCAGGCACCUUUCCGGGAUCAGGCCACCCAGGCAGCCCCUUGGCCUCCAGUGGCCCCAGGGCCCCUGGGCCUGAGUGAAGCCCCUUCUCUGGGCAGAAAGGUAGCCCCUUGAGGUGUCCUCAGGAAUGGAGCUCCUAGCUCACCCAUCUUCAUGGUCAGGGCCCACCCCUCCUGAAGCCGAGAAGACUCUGGCCUGCCCCUGGGAAGCCCACUCUCUCUCUGGCCCAAGGUCAAAACACACAGUCUGGCUUCUUGCUUUGGGUCAGGAGAUCAAAGCACACCUCCUGGGACCCUUCCCCCCCAUUUCCCACAGUCCUCAGGCUAAGAAGGGCUGCAAGGAGAUGGGCCCACAUGCACUGUCCCCCUCUGUGGAUAGAGAGUAAGAAAACAGUGGGAAGGCUGUGUCCAAGGAUGCUACCACCUGUGUCUAUGUACCUCCCCACCCAAGCUGGCCUUUGGGCCACCAAGCCAGACCAGCUCAGGCAGAAAGUUUCCCCUGCUCCAUUUACCAUUCUGACCCUCUGAGAUUUGGUAAGACUAUCCCUGGCCCCAGGGUCAUCACUUAGACAUUUAUUUGGGGCUCAUGCCCCACUGUUCCCACAACCGCAUGUGCAGAAGUACAAUCAAGCCUCCAUUGGCUAGAACACAGCCAACUGUACCUGCUGCCCAUGAAUCAUAUCUUGGGGCCACAGUGGUUUGCUAUGGCCAGGGAAGGGGACUCAGGCUUUCAGAUUAUCAGAGUUGGAAGAAAUGGCUCUCAGUGGCUCCCUAGUAUCCAGAUACACAGCCCUUCCCACCCCGGCCUCUCCCUGCAUUUCCCUUUGCCCAACCCCUGACCACAAGCAGGUCAGGCCCUGUUCUUGGCAGCCCUGCAGAUUGGAGAAGCCAUGUUCCAUAUCCAUUGUAGACACUUCCCCCAUGCCCUACCUGUCUUGUGCUCCAGGAGGCCAGGCCACUGUCUUCUCUGGGGGUGCUCUCCCCACAUGAGGCCCUGGGUUCUGGGAUCAAAAUGUGUGUCCCACACCCAAGGUGGACGAGUACCCUCUCUCUCCAGGUGAAGACCCACACGUGCCUGGGGGCUACAAGCCUCCCUCACGAGGGCAGUGAGGGCCACGGCCAGCCUGCUGAGGACAGCAGCCUCGAGGGCAGAUUCUACCAGGAGCCCUCCUCCCUGCCCCAGGUUCUCCUCAGCCACCCCAGAGGUGUGGAAGCAAGGAACCUUCAAUAGCACAGGAAACACUACAGUGUUGUCAAAUGGGAGGUACCCAGGAAGAAGUAGCUUUUAGUCUUUGCCUGCCUGGCAAAGGUUAUGGUGCCCAUACCUCCUGCUUCCUACACCAACCACUUCAUCUUCUAGUCCAAGGGCAGUGGUUAGCAGGCUGGGAUGGGCACCACACCUACCCAGGAUCACCCCGCAGAGUGGGUGCGUCAGGCUGAGCAGGCCAGUGCCCAAGUGGUGUAGUAGUUCUUUCAAGGGGUAGUGAAGGUCAGCAUGGGGGGGGAUCUGUUCUGACAUUCAUCCUUUGGGGCAGUCGUGCUCCAGGGAGGAGGGUGGGACGUGUUCAUGAGACCUCUGGGGUCUUGGACAAGCACGUGGGGUGCUCGGGGCUUGCUGUGGCUUUCAUCAGGAGGUGGUCAAUUCUACCUCCUGGUGGAAAGCUCGGCCCCGUUCUGCCUGAACCCCUGGGCACCCGGCCCUCCUGAAGUGGGCUUCCUGUGUGUGCCCCCUUGAGUGUAGGAUCUGUUUUGUACAUAUUGGAAUGUUUUAACUUAUGAUCCGUUGUCCCAAUUCACACGGAAACACGGGUCUCUCCUUGGUUUCUUUGCUGCAUCUGGAAAGCGGUCCCGUGGGGGGCCAGCACCCAGGCCAAGGCGCCCAGAGACAGCACCAGGUGCCAGUGCCCCUCGGCCCCUCACGCUUCCAGUCCGGCACUUCUGCUCAGGCCACCUGCAUUGAGGUGAAAGCUCCUCAUGCCUGUAGCGCCUCCUCCAACACCACCACCUUCCGGGCCUCCACUGAAGGGGUGCCCCACCCAGCGGCUCUGCAUAGGGCUGAGGAAACAGAGGCAACACGCGGUGAGCAGACAACCCAUUCCUCACACAGACCUGCAACAUUUCCUCCUGGAGGAGGAAACAGGGACGGCAAAAUUGUCCGAGCAAUGAGUCUGUGACCUUUUUGGGAACUGGAAGUGUUUCACUUGAACCCAGGAGCGUUUAAAGCUUUAUUUAUUUAUAGCUUCUUAUUAAAAAAAAAGAAAAAAGUGUUGAGAAGAAAUCUUUUGGUUAUUCAUACAAGAAAAACGAGUUGAUGAUGGAAAAGCAAGUCAUAAUCAUCUAAUUGUUUUUGUCUAGGUCAAGAAUGAAUGUUAGCAGAUGAAAUAAACCCUUGACAAGGA